AUACAUCAUUUAACAAUUUGAAAAAAAUCCUUGUGUGUAACUACUAGUAUCAAUUAUUAAAAAAAUUUAAGAACCAUUCCUAUAUGUUUGCAACCAUGGCUGUAAAGAUGCUGUACCGAGGACCAAGUACAAGACUUGAAAACUUAAUAGAAAAAAUUCAGGCGACAAAGGAGAUUGAAACUACGGAUAUGUACUCAACACAUACCUCUUCAAAUUACUCACCAUCAGUGUCAGACGGCACCUUAACGCCAAAUUCAUUACAACAGCAAGAACAUGGCAUGCCAUAUCCUUCACAUAUCCAAGCCUCGAAAUAUUAUCAGCAACAACAUAAUGAGGGAGAUGCGAAGCAAAGUCAAAUUUUAAAGAACACAGUGCAUGGUAGCAAAGUUGGAAGUAUUGAAGAUAACGAGGAGGCUGCUAAUGGAGAUGUUAAAACAUCAGGAAGAAAUUCAGCAGAGCGGAUACAAUCAGAGAAGCUAGAAGGCAAUGCCAAUUUGGAGUUGCAACACAAGCGACACACCCGCCUUCAUCGCCAACACGUUUACCUCCAUGCAGAGUAUCACAGCUCUAAGAUAGUUACAAAACUGCGAAAAAUUGAAAGAGUCGCUGCAAAGUUUGACAAGUUGACAAGCGAUGGCAUUAAGGGCACCAACGUUGAUGGCUCUUAUCAGUGUCAGUUCUGUGAUAAAUCAUUUCCUCGACUUGGUUAUUUAAAAAAACACGAGCAGAGUCAUGCCGAGCAUUUGCCGUUUAAAUGUGAUUAUUGUGCUAGACUCUUUAAACACAAAAGAUCAAGAGAUCGCCAUACAAAGCUGCAUACUGGAGAUCGCCGUUACCGCUGCCCACACUGCGAGGCGGCGUUUUCCCGAAGCGAUCAUCUCAAAAUUCACAUGAAAACACACGACAAUCAGAAACCAUUUCAAUGUACAAUAUGCAAUCGUGGAUACAACACCGCCGCUGCGUUGACAUCACAUAUGCAAAAUCAUAAAAAACAAGCAGCUAUUUUAGCGGCAGGGGGUAAUCCUCAAGAACUCAAUUACAGUCCACGUUCAAGCGGAUCCAUUUCCAGUAGCGGAAGUUUCCAUAAGAGGCGCUAUGCCACGACAAUGGUUCACACUGAUAGUAAACCAAACCGUUUGGAUUAUCCAAAACGACCGCGAACUGUGAGCCUUUUGGCAUGUAAUUAUUGCUCCAAGUCCGAGUUUAACUCCAUCGAGCAACUCAAUGUGCAUAUUCACACUAAACAUGAUAAAGAGGUAUUUUCCCCGCAGAACACUAAGUUACCAUCCGCUCCUGACACCCCCUCAUCUGAACCAAAUUCAUUCCAGUUGAGGUGUGAAUAUUGCACGAUGCAGUUAGGAAAUCUCCCCGCAUUAUUUCAACAUAUUCGUGUUGCACAUGUCGACCGUUUGGCCAGUCCUAACUCGUAUUUCGAGCACUUCAAUCGUUUAGCUGCAUCAGGAACAUUUAGUCCUCGUUUAGUCGGCGAUAAAAUUAAUUUGCGAGAAGAUAAUGGCGUUAUCGAAAGUAACAUUAAGGUGGAACCAAUACUGCCGGGCUCGAGAAAUUCUAAUGAAGAUAAGCAAGAAGAAAAACCUACUGAUCUUAGUAAAAGCAACUGUCGCUCAAAAACUCCUCUUUCACCUUCUGAGGAACCUCAACAACCAGAUAUAUUCUUUUGCAAUCAAUGCAAUGCGGGACUGCCAGACUUUGAAAAGUUCCGUAACCAUUUGAAAAGUCAUAUAACUCAAGGUUUAAAUCUCAUGUGUCACCAUUGCGGUCUGGCAUUACAGGAACCAGCGGAGUACGAGCGCCAUGUCAACUCACAUUAUCUAAUCUCUAAUUCAGAAUAUAUUUGCGCAAGCAACAAGUGCAAAAAGUCGUACGCAAAACCUGAGGAGCUUCAAAACCAUAUGUUGGAGCAACACGCGAUUCCAAUGCUGAAGUGUGAUGUGUGCUUUGAAAUAUUCGAGUCAAAAAUAGCUAUACAAAUGCAUUUCGCUUGUACUCAUUCCGUUGAAACAAAGUUAUUUCGAUGCUCGAUGUGUUUGGAAGUAUUUCGAUCUGAGAGUGAGUUUAAUACACACCUCAAAACGAGUCAUCCUGGUCUCAAUGCUCCAGUAUCCAAUUCACUACAAUGCAUAUUUUGUAGAACUGUCUGCGCAAAUGAUUUAGAAAUGCAUUUUCAUCUGGCCGCUCAUGCUCGCCAAUUCCACUGCCCUUCGUGUCCCGAAACGUUCCAUGUGGAGUUCCUAUUGGAUAGGCACAUGCAACAUCAUCAUGCAGGCAAGAAUACGACGGCAUUUUCUCCAAAAGCUAACUCUGAAGAAAUUUCCACAUCACCUCAACUGCCAAACCUAUUGAAUCCCCUCUAUGUGAAUGCCUUACUUAACAAAACUCCUCAAAUGCCAAUUUCCUCUCAAAACAAUAACACGAGCAUUCUUGACUACAAUAUUGCAUUUACGGCCCAUCUGAAUAAAAAUCUUUUUCCAAGUUCCGCUACAACAGCUAACCCAUUAAUCGACGGAAAGUUCUAUAGAACAUUGCAGAUUGAUACAGGCGCCGUCAAACACCCCGGUUUGAUGUAUGGCCUCAGCCAGCGAUAUUUCGACACAAGUCGAAGUCUAAUAGAGAUGUAUACACAGCAGAGAUUAGACAAGCCAACAGCGGAAAUAAGUUAUUGCAACGGCCUAAAGUCACAACCCGUUCUCCGAUCUCAAGCAGAUUUACAUCAAAACCGUUCGCCAGCAGAACCGACAAUUGCAAAUUCUGUAAAUCCUUCUAUGGGCUAUAGCUGUGAUAUAUGCGAUAGAAAUGAUUUCCGAUCCGAAAGUGAAGUGAACUCACAUCGUAAAAUCGUCCAUAAUAUGAAAACUGGAGUAAGUUUGCGGUGCGCCUACUGCUCUGGUAACUUUAAGUCACGUAAUGAAUUAGAACAUCAUAUGAAGACUUGUCACAAUUCAACUGGAAAGCAUAAAUGUUUGAUUUGUGAUGAAAUUUUCCCUUCGCCUGCUAUAUUGGCGGAACACAAACUGCAACACUCAAAAGUUGGGCAGUCUGGUAAAUGCUCUCAUUGCGGCAAACUCUUGGACGGGGUUUCAGCUUUCAAAGAUCAUCUUAGUGAGCAUAACAACGAAAUUCAGCUUCCAAUGCAAUGCAUCUGCUGUCGGCAAUCACUCCACUCUGAUUUUGAGAUCAGUUUACACGCACAAUUUCACACCAAAUCAUCCAACAAUCCAGAAAGUACGUGUGCUCUUUGUUUAGAGGCAAUACCGAAACCAAUGAAUGGAGAAGCCAAAGUUUGUGAAAAGUGCUGCCGGAAGCACAAUCUAGGGUCCAAACUUAAAACUCAAAGUUUGCGAACCGAAAUUUCAGAACAUGGCUCAGAUUUUUGCCGAAGCACAUUGAAAAUUGAAGUUCGUUGCAAUAUUUGUAAACUGGUGUUGCCACACACUCAAAAGCUGCAAGAACAUCUAGUAGAGCACACUUUUGCCGGUUGUGAAGAGCGCGGUUUUAAUUGUUAUAUAUGCUCCGCUAUAUUUACAGCCCCAAGUGGCCUACUAUCCCAUAUGCAUGAACAUGGACUGCAGUUUCGCCCCUAUGACUGUAAUAAUUGCAGCGACAAGUUCUUUUUCCGCGCUGAACUGGAGCAUCACCUUUUGGCCCACGAGAUCCAAGACGUGGGGGAAUUGCGAAACAUGGACAUCAGUAAUGACAAAUUCUCUAUGGCAAGAGAGACUGAUAAGUCCGAGCUCUAUCUUACAAAGGUGAAAAAAGAAAUACUUGUGGCUGAUGAUAAGGUUACAACUGGUGAAGAGGAUGAAUACAUUGAAAUCGAAAAGAUAUCCGAUGUGAAUCAGACGCAGCCACCCUACGUCCCUUAUGAUAAAAAUAUGCCCUCCGGGGACGAAACACAACAAUGCAGAGAAGGAGAGCACGCCUAAACUAAA